AUGUCAGCGCGGUCAUUUACCGAGGAGGAAGAAGCCCUGGCUGAAGAGGCAUUCCUCCCGGAAAGAGUCUGCCCUCCUCGGACGUCCCCGAGUCCGCCCAGUCAUGCAAGACAAUCUUUGCCCAGCAUCGUAAGGGAUAUUCUGCGGACCAAAACCUGCGUGCCUGGUUCACUUUUCCUUGUCGAGAGCAUUGAUGCUCAGGUUGCAGUCGGGGCAACUUUGGGGCAGAAGAGGAAGCAUCAGCAGCAAGGGACUGGACGUCGGGCCGUGCGGCUCGUUCUCGGCGAUGGAGAGCUCUGCAUUCAGGCCCUGCUUGCUCCGUCACUGCAUUCACUCGUCGACGGGGGCUUGAUCAAUGAGGGGUGUCUGGUGAGGCUGGAGAGGUUCAGGCUUCGUGUUCUAUUGCGACCUGCCCCUGGCGCCCGUUGUGGUCCGCCUACGGUGUUCCUAAUCGUGGAGGACAUGCUCGUCGAGGAAGAUAAGCCCGGAAAGGCUCCGGAAUCGAACGAGGGGUCGGGUCUAGACGGAGUGACUAAAGACGAGCGCGGUAGAGCAGUACAGCAACUGGACGCAUUGCCCACCCCCGGGGUCAAAAUACCCUUAUUCUCGAGCGUGAACAAUGAGGCUCGAGAUGGUAUGGAACAGCAAACCGGAACCUCGGAUACCCGUACUAUCGAUUCUCCUCCCCACACCCAAAACAAUCAUCUGGUGGAAAAUUAUCGGACGAACAAUCAUGCGUCAACGGAGGAGUCUGCCGCCCCACACAGAGUCAUUGAGGUGGACAAAGGUGGCUCUUCGCAGCCACUCAAAAGGGCCAGGGUUGAUACCGAAACCAGCGGCACUGCAGGGCCGUUGCCUUCCUGGGUGUCAAGAGAUCUCACUCGCCCGGUCAAACUUACGACACUGAAGACGAUUCCUCUCCUCCCAUAUAAGCAGAACUGGAUGGUGAACGUCUUGGCCAUUGUUUCGGAACUGUCCGAUGUAGAACCUUCGCCUUUGCCGCCGUACACUGGCAAGCAACGAACAGCGCGCUUGGCAGACCCCUCAACCGGCAAGCGGGUGCUGUUGACGGUUUUCCUCGACCCUGAAGACUUCGCGCCAAAGGUGGGCAGUGCAGUGAUCCUCCUUGGGGUCAAGAACCACAGGUUCGAUGGUGGGAGCCUCAAGAAGUAUGCCAGCGAUCGGCCCAAGGACGGAGGAUCGUGGUGGUUUGAGGAUCCAGAAGACAUUGACUGGUGCGAUGUCAAGCACCUCAAGGACUGGUGGGCGUCAACCCAGUCAUGA